AUGUCCUUCGCACAGACCCUGCGAUUGUUAUCUGCCAUUCUGCUCUUACGUUGCGUGCAAUGCCAACUGUCAACCUCGUUGUACGUUCCAGGCUUUGACCCUCAGCCUAUGAGUGCUAGCGUUGUUGGUGUUGGAGUAGAUGGUCGCACAACUUGGGCGUUGCGUAAGGGUCAGCCUGACACUGUAGAUACGUCCAGUUAUCCAGACUUCUUCGGAACGGCGACACUCGUUCACGGGCCCAACGACGCUUCCCUGACCUACGCCGACUCGAGGGCUCAAUUUACAAUCGGACAGAUAUGCACUUUUUCCGAGAACACCCUCGCGAUUUGCACGAUUGUUGCUCAGGGCAGUACGGCGACACAGACGGAUGUCAUUACUCAUUAUCCUGUACAAGCUGUUGGCCUUACUCGGGACCCAACCACGACAACAGCAGCCAGCUUGACGCUAACUCCGGUUCCCUCUUCUCUCUCUUCGACUCUCACGAACUCGCCGUCGGAUAUUCUCGCACCCGGGAGUGGCACGCAUACAUCCAGCUUCCCCCCCAGCUCUAGCACCUCCGACACCUCUUCGCAACAAAGCGGAAUUCGGAUUACGGUCGCGCAGAUCUCCAUCCUGGUCGGAUUACUCGCGUUCUCGGGCUGCUUGUAA